AUGCUCCUGGGAUGCCGUGAGAAGGUGGGCGUGGCCGGGGUGGAGCAGCAGCAGAUUGCAUGUCCGUACUGCGCUCGGUGUCCUGCGGUGAAGAUCCUUGCUACCUCGCCUGCCGUAGACAAACAGCAGGCACAGCAUUUACAGUUCACGGUUUAUUGUGCUCUGGGUCAGGCAUCAUCGUCAAAUAGGCUGCCGCCGACCACCGAUUGGAAAUUAGCUGGAACCGUAGGACAAAGAAAUCUGGGACUGGGACUGGGUGGCCGAAUGGUCAACAUGAAAGGACAUUCGAGCCCAAAUGAGCCAGCUGCUAACCGCAGCAACAGCAACAGCAGAAGCAGCAGCAGCAGCAAUAUCAACAGCAACAACAAUGGCAGCAACAGUAACAGAAACAACUACAAAACCAGCAACAUGGCGACCGUGAACAGUGUCCAUUCUGGCAUUCUGUUAUUUGUGCUGACAGCGCUGACACUAACGAGCUUAAUAACGCCCACAGAGCAGCUGACAGUGGCGCCAAAUGGGAGCAGCAGUCCCAUGCAGCAACUGCAACACCAGCAACAACAAUUGCAGCUUGAGCCAGUGGAAUUCGCCUCAGUGGCUGGCAUUGCCUCGGACCAGAAUGGUACCAUUCUGCCCACCAGCAGUCCACACCAAUUGCAGCCUCCGGUUCGAGGGAACGGCAGUCAGCAGUAUAUGGACUACGAGGACGACGAGGAUGCCGUGGACUGCGGCUACAGCAACAACUUCAUACUGAAGCUCAUCUCCAUGAUACUGUACGCUCUGGUCUGCAUAAUCGGCCUCUUCGGCAACACCCUGGUCAUCUACGUAGUUCUGCGCUUCUCCAAGAUGCAGACAGUCACGAACAUAUACAUCCUCAACCUGGCCAUUGCCGACGAGUGCUUCCUGAUUGGAAUACCCUUCCUGCUGUACACGAUGCAGGUGGGGAACUGGUCGUUCGGAGACUACAUGUGCAAGGCCUACAUGGUGAGCACCUCGAUCACCUCGUUUACCUCCUCGAUCUUUCUGCUGAUCAUGUCCGCGGAUCGCUACAUAGCCGUGUGCCAUCCGAUAUCCUCGCCCCGCUACCGAACUCCUUUUGUCUCCAAGCUGGUAUCAGCCUUUGCCUGGAUGACCUCUGUGCUGCUGAUGCUGCCGGUUAUCCUGUUUGCCAGUACAGUGGCAUCGCAAAACGGCAAUGUGUCCUGCAACAUCGAGUGGCCCGACACCCAGAACUCGCACUCGGACUCUACUUUCAUACUGUACUCCCUGGUCUUGGGCUUUGCCACUCCGCUGACUUUCAUUCUUGUGUUCUACUGCCUGGUGAUCCGGAAACUCCACACGGUGGGUCCCAAGCACAAGAGCAAGGAGAAGAAGCGAUCGCACAGGAAGGUCACCAAGUUGGUUCUCACCGUUAUCACGGUGUACAUAAUGUGCUGGCUGCCCCACUGGAUCUCCCAGGUGGCGCUGAUCAGCUCCACGCCCAAGCAGUGUGGCGCUUCUCGGCUGGAGCUGGCUGUGUUCCUGGCCUGCGGCUGCCUCAGCUACUCCAACUCGGCCAUGAACCCCAUUCUGUACGCCUUCCUGAGCGACAACUUCAAGAAGAGCUUCAUGAAGGCCUGCACCUGUGCGGCCCGCAAGGACGUCAAUGCCCAGCUCCAGUUGGAGAACAGCUUCUUUCCCAAGUUCGGCAAGGGUCGGCAGUCGGAGAGGUUGAUAGGUGGUGGAGGUGGCGGUAACGGUGGUGGUGCCAAGGGUGGCGCCCAGCGUGGCUCCUUGGCCAAAAAGAAGACUCUGGUGGCUGCGAGAAACAAUAAUGCUCCGAUGACCACCACCACAACCACGACAACGACGACCACCACCGCAGGAACGGAUCUCCCUGCGACCUGCAUCCAGCCGGCGGCAGUGCUUCAGGAUCCGGCUAAUCCCGUCGCCCUGCUGGUGGUCAAUGCGGAGACCAACAACUGUAAGCCUCCGGUCCUUCACACGGACUUAUAAGAGCGGGCUCCGGCGAUGCCGCUGGAAACGGUGGUGUUCAUAGCCCGUAGAUGAGUCAGGGCGGACCUGGAGCUGGAGCUGGACAUGCUACUGGAUCGACAGCUACUAAGGCAGCCCGAGUGUCUUCUGUAGUCUGUUGCUAAAUGAUAUUUUUUACGACAAAAAAAAAAUGCGAAAACGGAGCAGAAUAACAAUUGAAUCUCAACUUGAUAGAGAGAGAAAUUAUUCAAGUUUUUAUUUAAAAAUUAGUUCCAAUAGACAUACAAAAUAAAAAUUAAUUCAAAGUUA